AUGGAAGCAGAAACAGGGAGCACCAUGGAGACUGGAAAGGGGACCAACCGAGGCAUUCGGAUUGCACUGGCCCUGUUUAUUAGUGGCACCCUGGUCCUGGGCACAUUGCUCUUUCUAGUGAGUCAAGGUCUCCUAAGUUUCCAAGCUAAACAGGAGUACUGCCUGAAGCCAGAAUGCAUAGAAGCCGCUGCUGCCAUCUCGAGCAAAGUAAACCUCUCUGUGGAUCCUUGUGAGAAUUUUUUCCGGUUUGCUUGUGAUGGCUGGAUAAGCAAUAACCCAAUUCCUGAAGAUAUGCCAAGCUAUGGGGUUUAUCCUUGGCUGAGACACAAUGUUGACCUCAAGUUGAAGGCACUUCUGGAGAAAUCAGUCAGUCGAAGGCGGGACACUGAAGCCGUACAGAAAGCCAAAAUCCUUUACUCAUCCUGCAUGAAUGAGAAAGCGAUUGAAAAAGCAGGUGCCAAGCCUCUGCUCCACAUCUUGAGGCAUUCACCUUUCCGCUGGCCGGUGCUUGAAGCUAAUAUUGGUCCUGAAGGGGUUUGGUCAGAGAGAAAAUUCAGUCUACUACAAACAUUGGCAACAUUUCGUGGUCAAUACAGCAAUUCUGUGUUCAUCCGUUUGUAUGUGUCCCCUGAUGACAAGGCAUCCAAUGAACAUAUCUUGAAGCUGGACCAAGCAACACUCUCCCUGGCUGUGAGGGAAGACUUCCUGGAUAAUACUACUGAAGCCAAAUCUUAUCGGGAUGCCCUUUACAAAUUCAUGGUGGACACUGCUGUGCUUUUAGGAGCUAAUAGCUCUCGAGCUGAACAUGACAUGAAGUCAGUGCUUAGACUGGAAAUUAAGAUAGCUGAGAUAAUGAUUCCACAUGAGAACCGAACCAGCGAGGCUAUGUAUAACAAAAUGAACAUCUCAGAGCUCAGUGCUAUGAUUCCCCAGGUAAUCAGGUAUGACCUAAAAUAUAAUAAAUGUUCAUUUUUUAACAGAACCAUUGCCAACUAUUUAGUGUGGAGAAUGGUUUAUUCCAGAAUUCCAAACCUCAGCAGGCGCUUUCAAUAUAGAUGGCUAGAGUUUUCAAGGGUAAUCCAGGGGACCACGACUCUGCUGCCUCAGUGGGACAAAUGUGUUAACUUUAUCGAAAGUGCACUCCCAUAUGUGGUGGGGAAAAUGUUUGUGAAUGUUCACUUCCAGGAGGAUAAGAAGGAAAUGAUGGAAGAAUUGAUUGAAGGUGUUCGCUGGGCCUUCAUUGACAUGCUGGAGAAAGAAAAUGAAUGGAUGGAUGCGGGCACAAAAAGGAAAGCUCAAGAAAAGGCAAGAGCUGUUUUGGCAAAAGUUGGCUAUCCAGAGUUUAUAAUGAAUGAUACUUAUGUUAAUGAAGACCUCAAGGCAAUCAAAUUUUCAGAAUCGGACUACUUUGGCAACGUACUGCAAACCCGCAAGUAUUUAGCACAGUCUGAUUUCUUCUGGCUAAGAAAAGCUGUUCCCAAAACAGAGUGGUUUACAAACCCAACCACAGUCAAUGCCUUUUACAGUGCAUCUACCAACCAGAUACGAUUUCCUGCUGGAGAACUGCAGAAGCCUUUCUUUUGGGGAACAGAAUACCCUCGAUCCCUGAGUUAUGGUGCUAUAGGAGUAAUUGUGGGCCAUGAAUUUACACAUGGAUUUGAUAAUAAUGGUAGAAAAUAUGAUAAAAAUGGAAACCUCGAUCCGUGGUGGUCUGUGAACUCAGAAGAAAAGUUUAAGGAAAAAACAAAAUGCAUGAUUAACCAGUAUAGCAACUAUUAUUGGAAGAAAGCUGGCUUAAAUGUGAAGGGGAAGAGGACUCUGGGAGAAAAUAUUGCUGAUAAUGGAGGUCUGCGAGAAGCUUUUAGGGCUUACAGGAAAUGGAUAAAUGAUAAAAGGCAGGGAGUUGAAGAGCCCCUCCUCCCAGGCGUCACAUUCACCAACAAUCAGCUCUUCUUCCUGAGUUAUGCUCAUGUAAGGUGCAAUUCCUAUAGACCAGAAGCUGCCAGAGAACAAGUCCAAAUUGGUGCUCACAGUCCUCCACAGUUUAGGGUCAAUGGUGCCGUUAGCAACUUUGAAGAAUUUCAAAAAGCUUUUAACUGCCCACCAAAUUCCACCAUGAACAGAGGUGCAGAGUCCUGCAGACUCUGGUAGCUGGAGUGCUGUUGUCUGCCAUCCUGACAGAGCUGAGGAAUGCCAGUAAAGGCAUUAACAUACUCAGCACCUACUGCUUUCUGUUUAUAUUUCGUCGAAGACUUUUAUUUUUAAUGCAUUUUCAUUAUUUUGGUAGAUGAUUUACUGGGAUCUAAACAGUAUCUGUUCAAAGUCAUUGGGUUUAUAAAAGAACUUCAAGAACUGAACCAAAUACAUUUUUAUUUUAGUAAGCCAAACCAAUGAAAACGAGUGUCAAGGCUAUUUGGUUAAACUGCUCUUGGCUGAUAUCCCUAUUAUCCAUUUCUGUUAGCCACAGCUAGGUAGUACAUAUAGCAUUGCAAUCUAUAGCUUUGCAGGGGGCCUGAGUAGAGUAUAUCCAUAGAAAGGAUCAGUCACUGAAAAUUGUCACCCUCAACGAUAAAGAUGUGUGCCAUAUGUGUGCACAGUUAUUACACAACAUUUCUUAAUUCUAAGGUAGUUGAAUUAGAAAUGUGUUGGAUCUUCAUUU